GGGGGGCGGGGCGCUUGGAAGGGGGCGGGGGGGGGCGAACGCUGGACUGGGUGGGUGGGGGUCUAAGGGCUGAGGUCUAACGCGCGUGGGCCCAUUUUCACUUUCUGGGGUCACGACUCCCCCGAGCUGUGGAGCCAUGGCCUGCGCCUUCCGCAGGUCCAUCGCCUCUCAGCUUUCCAGAGUUUUGGAUCUUCCACCAGAAAACUUGAUCAAGUCAAUAUCUGCAGUUCCGGUCUCCAAAAAAGAAGAAGUGGCUGAUUUCCAACUUUCUGUACAUUCUGUGCUGGAGAGCAACAGUGAUCACUCAAAACCAGAUAUCCAAGCUCAAGCUCAAAGACUAGCAGAGAAGCUAAAAUGUGAUACCGUAGUGAGUGAAAUCAGCACUGGACCAGGGACAGUAAACUUUAAAAUAAACAGGGAGCUGCUAACAAAGACAGUGCUACAACAAGUAUUUGAAGAUGGUGCAAAUUAUGGAUUAAAAAGUGAACUUUUUUCUGGUCUUCGCCAGAAGAAGGUAUUGGUUGAAUUUAGUUCGCCUAAUGUUGCCAAAAAAUUUCAUGUUGGACAUUUGCGUUCUACAAUCAUAGGGAAUUUUAUAGCAAAUCUCAAGGAAGCGUUAGGACACCAAGUAACAAGGAUAAAUUACUUUGGAGAUUGGGGCAUGCAAUUUGGUCUCUUGGGAACUGGUUUUCAGUUGUUUGGCUAUGAAGAAAAACUUCAGUCUAAUCCUUUGCAGCAUCUCUUUGAGGUUUAUGUACAAGUUAAUAAGGAAGCAGCAGAUGAUGAAAAUGUGGAGAAAUCAGCACGUGACUUCUUUCAUCGACUGGAAGCCGGUGACAAGCAAGCACUUUCAUUGUGGCAGAGAUUUCGGGACUUGAGCAUUAAAGAGUAUGUCCAGAUUUACAAGAGGCUAGGAGUGCAUUUUGAUGAAUAUUCGGGAGAAUCAUUUUAUCGAGAGAAAUACCGAGAAGUCUUAAGGUUGUUGGACAAGAAAGGACUCCUACAAAGAACAAAGAAAGGAACAGCCAUAGUAGAUCUCUCUGGAAAAGGAGACCCUUCCUUGAGCUGCACUGUAAUGCGAAGUGAUGGGACUUCUCUUUAUGCAACCAGAGAUCUUGCAGCUGCUAUUGAUCGAAUGAACAAAUAUAAUUUUGAUUCCAUGAUAUAUGUGACAGAUAAAGGCCAACAAAAUCAUUUUCAGCAAGUAUUUCAAAUUCUGAGGCUCAUGGGAUAUGAAUGGGCAGAAAGGUGUCAGCAUGUUCCCUUUGGACUCGUGCAAGGAAUGAAGACUCGAAGAGGAGAUGUUACUUUUCUGGAGGAUGUUAUAAAUGAAAUUCGUUCAAGGAUGCUAGAAAACAUGGCUUUUUCCAAGACAACUAAAGAACUGGAAAAUCCACGUGAAAUUGCAGAGAGAGUUGGACUUGCAGCACUCAUUAUUCAGGACUUCAAAGGUUACCUGUUGUCCGAUUAUAAGUUUAAUUGGGACCGAAUUUUUCAGAGUCGAGGUGAUACAGGUGUUUUCCUGCAGUACACACAUGCCAGGCUGUCUAGUUUAGAAGAGACAUUUGAAUGUGGUCAUUUAAGAAACAUCAAUGCAGCUUGCCUACAAGAUCCACAGUCUAUUUCCAUACUCCAACAUCUCCUCAGGUAUGAUGAGGUGCUUUACAAAUCCUCUCAGGAUCUUCAACCCAGGCAUAUUGUCAGCUACCUUUUAACACUGAGUCAUCUUACAGCUGUGGCUCACAAAACACUCCCUAUAAAAGGCAGGCUCCCAGAAGUAGCUGAGGCCAGACUUCAUCUUUUUAAAGCUGUCCGUUCUGUCUUAGCCAACGGAAUGAAACUUCUUGGAAUCACACCUGUAUCUAGGAUGUAAUUUCUAAAGAAAAAACAGUGGAAUCCCAGUGAUCUGUUUUACAGUGGAAAAUGAAAAGGAAUUUGAUAUAAAAUUUUAUGUGUCAAAAUCCGUAUUUAUAAGUCUGAGUUUGUGUUUAAGAAUUCCUACCUAUAGUUAUACUCCCUUAAUAUUUUUUUCUUUUUUAGCAAAGGAAAAUAAGUGCUUACGUUUUUCCACUGCAUCACAAGGACCAUGGGACCUUUCCAUCUACCUCAGCUGUUAACCUCCUAUAAGUAUUAUUUCAUCCCUGUAGGAUGGAGCCCUUUGAGUGUAAGAACUGUCCACACUUUUCUCUUUGUAUACUCAAUGCAUAGCAUAGUACUUUGCUCAUAACAAACACUUAAUAAAUUGCUUUUUCAUUCACUGGCCCUAGGCAAGAAAACUGAGACACAUUUAACAAACAUACAUACAUGUUUAUGAAAUUGGGCUUGAACUAUUUUUUAUCAAUAUAUGGAACCUAUAUAUCUCUAGACUUAAGUCUCUAAUCUAAACCAAAUUUCAAAAUUGUGUGUGUAUA